GGUCUCAUCACAUCUCCAAAGAAACCAGCCAUGGGAGCGACCGGAGAGGUGGCGGCGGCUGCUGCUUCGUCUUCUCCGCUCCACCUCGUGGUGUUCCCAUGGCUGGCCUUCGGCCACAUGAUCCCGUUCCUCGAGCUCUCCAAGCGGCUGGCCAGGCGCGGCCUCGCCGUCACCUUCGUGUCCACGCCGAGGAACGCCGCGAGGCUGGCCGCGGUCCCUCCGGCGCUGUCCGCCCACCUGCGCGUCGUGUCGCUCGACCUCCCGGCCGUCGACGGCCUGCCGGAGGGCGCCGAGUCGACGGCCGACGUGCCGCCGGAGAUGGUGGGCCUCCUCAAGAAGGCGUUCGAUGGCCUCGCCGCGCCCUUCGCCGACCUUGUCGCGAAGGCCUGUGCAGACGGGGAAUCCGCCGCCGCUGCCACCGCCACCGGGUUCUCGAGGAAGCCGGACUGGAUCAUACUCGACUUCGCGCAGAACUGGAUAUGGCCGAUCGCCGAGAAGCACGAAAUCCCGUGCGCCAUGUUCUCCAUCUUCCCGGCGGCGAUGUUGGCCUUCGCCGGCGGAAGAGAACACAACCUGGCUCACCCACGCACCGCGCCGGAGGACUGCAUGGUCCAGCCGCCAUGGAUCCCUUUCCCGUCCAACGUCGCCUUCCGGCGGCGCCACCUAGCGGAGUGGAUAGCCGCCAUCUUCCGGCCAAACGCCUCCGGCGUGUCCGACGCCGACCGCUUCUGGGAGAUGGAGCGCAACUGCUGCCGCCUCAUCAUCCACCGCAGCUGCCCCGAAGCGGAGCCGCAGCUGUUCCCGCUCCUCACCGAGCUCUUCGCCAAGCCAUCCGUAGCUGCCGGCGUCCUCAUGCCCACCGACGAUGACGUCGCCAGCAGCACGUCGUCCGACCACGAGCACUCUUUCGCGCCGGCGAUGCAGUGGCUGGAGAAGCAGCCGGAGAAGUCCGUCAUCUACGUCGCGCUCGGGAGCGAGGCGCCGCUGACGGCGGACCACGUGCGCGAGCUCGCGCUCGGGCUGGAGCUCGCCGGCGUGCGCUUCCUCUGGGCGCUCGGCGGCGGCGCGCCCCUCCUCCCCGACGGGUUCGAGCGACGCGUCGCCGCGCGCGGCGUGGUGUGCGCGCGGUGGGUGCCGCAGCUGCGCGUGCUGGCGCACCGCGCGGUGGGCGGCUUCCUGACGCACUGCGGCUGGAGCUCCAUCUUCGAGAGCCUCCGGUUCGCGCUCCCGCUGGUGAUGCUGCCGCUCUUCGCCGACCAGGGGCUGGGCGUGCAGGCGCUGCCGGCGAGGGAGAUCGGCGUCGAGGUGGAGUGGAGCGACGACGGGUCGUCGUUCCACCGGAGCGCCGUCGCGGCGGCCGUGCGGCAGGUGAUGCUGGAGGAGAAGGGGAAGGAGCUGGCCCGCAGGGCGGAGGAGCUGCGCGGCGUUCUUGGAGACGAGGCGCGGCAGGAUGCGUACCUCGACGAGCUUGUUGGCUACUUGCAACGCUACAAAUAACAGUUUGAUCACCGUGCUGCGUAUUCUAAAUUCUCGAGGAGACGUUCUUUCGUCUCGUCUAUUGUAUCUUAUCUAAACUAUUAUAAUAAAAUUUAAAUAAAGUAGAUGAUAUUGUCUCGCGGGUUUAGAAUUGUUUACAUAUGGCUUACUUUUUAAAGUGCAAUGAGAAUUAAUCCCAUAAAUUUCUGUAUAUUUGGGAUGUUGUGUACUCUGUCGAUAACAUGUUAUCUUGUUGCCUAAGGGAAAGGAACUGCAGUUUAG